CAGGUCACUGGAAAACAAGUGUUGGUGCCAGGACCUCCGGUGGACACCAGACUGCCUAUUCAGAGACAGAUACCCCGGUGCCCACGCAGAAGCGAUGGUUUAGAGAGACCUUCCAGCAUCUUUCUGAAAUCACCAAGUCUGCAGAGGCUGCAGAUGCGGGUGUUUACCUGGUAUCUGGUUGGCAGAUAUUCCGCAGCGUCCCUGUCCCUGCUGAAGAAGUGCCUUUCUGGGCUGAUGUGGUGCUGGGAUUUCGAAAGAUGACAGAGGCUGAGCUGAAGCGAUUCCCUCAGUAUGUGUUUGGUCAGGCGUUUACAACCCUGAAGUGUGAGAUGUCUGCCUACCUCCCGUGGCUGGAGAGAAGGAUAAAGGGGAGUGGAGGUCUGCUACUCACCAGGAGAAUAGAAGACCUGUGGGAGCUGCAGCCAUCUUUUGAUAUCGUGGUCAAUUGCUCAGGCCUGGGAAGCCGGCGACUUGUAGGAGACCCCAUGAUUUCCCCGGUAAGGGGCCAGGUGCUCCAGGCACGGGCCCCCUGGGUGAAGCAUUUCAUCCGAGAUGGGAGCGGGUUGACUUACAUUUACCCCGGCAUGUCCUAUGUAACCCUGGGAGGAACUAGAGAGAAAGGAGACUGGAAUCUAUCCCCAGAUGCAGAACUUAGCAGAGAGAUUUUUUCUCGAUGCUGCGCUCUUGAGCCUUCCCUCCACAGAGCCUACGACAUAAAAGAGAAAGUGGGGCUGAGGCCCAGCAGGCCAGGUGUACGGCUGCAGAAGGAGAUCCUAGUCCGAGGGCAACAGACACUGCCUGUGGUCCACAACUACGGCCACGGGAGUGGGGGCAUCUCUGUGCACUGGGGCUCUGCUCUGGAAGCCACCAGGCUGGUGAUGGAAUGUAUCCAUACCCUCAGGACCCCAGCUUCCUUGUCGAAGCUGUAGCUGACACCAAGUAACAGCAGCUAAUCCAGGUGAAAUGGGUCAAAGCACAAUUUAAGGUCCAUAACCGGGUCUUUUAACUUUCACACUGCUUGACCUUCUUUGUUUUCAAAAUUAGAAAUCACGCAAUGAGUAUCAGUAGACUUAGAAAGCUUGUCAGUAAUGACACAGAACACAAAGCUCGGUUUUUGUCAAAAUACGUGCUAUUUAAAAAUACUUGUUCUAUAGGGUAAGAUUUGGGGAGGAUCGAAUGCAAAUUUAUAUGAAUGAUGUAAGCGAUAGGGAGUUUGCAUCUUUGGCUCAGAAGCACUUAAGCACAUAAGAGAAGAAUAGUGUGUGGGAAAUAUACUUGGCUCCCUGUCAGCCCUAGAGCUGUGCAUGAUCCCCUCAGGUCAUAGAGCCAACCGAGGAAGUUAUCAUCCCACUAGAUGGGACCACACAGGGUGGACCCCCUGUAUUUAACUUCCUCACGCCAGCUGGUAUUCAUGGUAGCUGACAGAGGUGGAGUUGCCUACGAAGGCUGUGCCAGUUUUGGAGCAACUUCGUGUCUGUUUUGUUGUUUCUGGGACCAAACACCUAACAGAAACAACCUAAAGCAUUGCUCAUAGCUACAGCCCAUUGCUCCAGGGAGGGCUUUGUAGAACAGAGCUGUUCAACUCACGUCGGCAAGAAAGCAGUGUGAACAGGUAGCAGGGCAGAUGGGGUGAGAUACAACGUCUAAGCACUCAUUCCCAGUUGUCUACCCCCUGUCCCAACUCUCCUCCUAUACCUCUACCAUCUCCCAACAGUUCAUUUAAUUCUCAAGUCUGUCCGUGGACUGAGUCAUCCACAUCUAGAGACACCUUCAGCCCCACCCGAAGGGCGGGCUUUACGCCUGUCCUAAGCAAUCCCCUACCUUGUCAAGCUGCCAGGAGGGAUUUACCGAAGCAAUCGUGGAGACUGCAAACUUCAUUAACACAAAGGAUCAAGAGCUGCUGACUGAGCAGUGAAUGAGCACUGUUGAAGAUUGAAUCAUCUAUGCGACCAAAGAGCUAAUUUGCUAAUGGAGACGGAACAAUAAUUUUAAAUGACACAAGUAUUGGGGAGGAAGGGACUGUGUCUUGUGAUAAUGUAAGUUUGAGAAUUGCUGAGUUGAAUAAUUUAACCUUGCUCUCUAACUUCGGUCUACUCAGAGCCUUUAACCUCCCCAGUUCAUUGUGGAUCCUUGGGAGAGUUUUUGGCCCAGGAGAAGAGUGUUCAUUGAAGUAAGCAAUCCUGGGGCAGGAAUGUCAUUAAAUUUUGGAAAGAAGUACUUUUUGUUUGUUGAAUAAUAAAGUCUGUUUUGAACCUCCUAGGAGGUGUAGGAUUGGCCAUAAAUAUAAGGACAGGGCUGGAGAGACGGCUCAACAAUUAAGACGGCUUGUUGCUCUUCCAGCUGACAAGAAUUUGUUUCCUGGUGUCCAUGAGGUGCUUACAACCUCCUAUAACUACAGCUUCAGGGUUUCCAACACCCUCUUCUGGCCUUUGUAGGCACACACACACACACACACACACACACAGAGGAAUUAAAUAAAUCUUUUAAAAAAUAUUUUAAAACUUAUGGACAAGAAGCUUGUUUUUUCUUUUUUUGUUGAGGUUUUGUGUGUGAUUUUGUUUGAAAAGAGCACUGAGCUGGAAUUUCAGACCAAACAGUGUUUAAUGGGGCUACAAAAAUUCUAGUAAAAUCAAGCAGGCCCAUUUCUAUUAAUUUCCACCAGGGGGCGAUGUUGUAUCAAUCUCAAAUAAACCAGAGCAUCUGAAAAUUUAGAAAUGACAAGAAAUAAAAUAAAAUAAAAA